AUGGCUCGCGCCCUGUUGCUGCUCGUCCUUGGUGUUCUGGUCGCCUGCGCCGCCGGCGGGCAAGGCGGAACGGAGUUCCUCGCCGACGAAAACCCGAUCAGGCAAGUCGUCGAUGGCCUGCACGAGCUCGAGAACUCUAUUCUCCGGAUCGUCGGGAGCUCGCGGCGCGCCCUCUCCUUUGCUCGCUUUGCUCAUAGGUACGGGAAGAAAUACGAGAGUGCUGAGGAGGUGCAGAGGAGAUUCGAGAUAUUUGCAGAGAAUCUGAAGAUGAUCAGGUCGCAUAACAGGAAGGGUCUCUCUUACACUAUGGGAGUCAAUGCUUUUGCUGACAUGACUUGGGAUGAGUUCCGCAAGCAUCGUUUGGGAGCAGCUCAAAACUGCUCUGCUACCAUGAGAGGCAAUCACAAGCUCACUGAUGUUGUACUUCCAGAAUCGAAAGACUGGAGAACAACUGGCAUAGUAAGCCCCGUCAAAGAUCAAGGUAGUUGCGGAUCUUGCUGGACAUUCAGCACAACUGGAGCUCUUGAGGCGGCUUAUGCUCAAGCAUUUGGUAGAGGUAUUUCUCUGUCUGAGCAGCAGCUUGUGGACUGUGCGGGGGCUUUCAACAACUUCGGGUGCAAUGGCGGAUUGCCCUCUCAGGCCUUUGAAUACAUCAAGUACAAUGGCGGGAUUGAGACAGAGGGUGCGUACCCAUAUACUGGGAUGGAUGGGGCCUGCAAAUUCUCGUCCGAAAAUGUUGGUGUCCGGGUGCUUGACUCUGUAAACAUCACCCUGGGUGCUGAAGAUGAGCUGAAGCAUGCUGUGGCGUUUUCUCGUCCUGUGAGUGUGGCUUUUGAGGUGGUGAAUGGUUUUAAGUUGUACAAAGAAGGGGUUUACACUAGCACUAAGUGCGGCAGCUCCCCUAUGGAUGUGAACCAUGCUGUCCUUGCUGUUGGUUAUGGAGUCGAAAACGGUAUCCCAUAUUGGCUCAUUAAGAACUCAUGGGGCGCUGAAUGGGGUGACCACGGCUAUUUCAAAAUGGAAAUGGGCAAGAACAUGUGUGGCAUUGCCACCUGUGCUUCCUACCCAAUCGUUGCUCAUUACUGCAAAGGGGCGCACGGAACUUCUGAUGCCGUUUGCUCGUAA